GUGAACUGCCACAUGGUGAAGCUCGUAGAGCCCGCAUGGUGAGGAGACCAACGGUGAGCAGCAGAUCACAGAAGAGUGUUGAAUCUUCCGUUUCCUUCAUCACUUCAUUAUUAAAUUCCAGGGUUGCUGCAAGACUCCCUAACCCAUAACUUCAAAUAAAAAACAACUCAUUUUCAUCUUUUUUUCCUGAUCAAAGAGUUUCUCAUCUUUUUAAAUUCCAUACUCCAAUCUCUAGGCAUUUGUCAUCUCUAGCUGUUCUGAUUUGCUCACUAUUUCACCAAUGGAUUCCUGCUCUGCGGCAUUCACUGUUACAAAUGCCAUUAGCAAAGGAGGUAUCAGCAAUGGAGUUAGCAUGUUUUGGGGCGAGAGUGUCAUGAGCCGUCUGCGGAACAGAGAUUGGAGCGGUCGGUUCUCGCAGAAUUUGAAAAUUGAAAGAAAAGCUACGCGGAUCAAGCGCGGAGUUGCUUACUCUCUUAUUACUUCAGAUAUUGACAAAGAAUUCAUGACAUUUAAGAGACCAUUUUUCACCACACCGAAAGCAGAUCCGAAGAAUGUAGCAUCCAUCAUAUUGGGUGGAGGAGCUGGUACACGUCUGUUUCCUCUUACUAGCCGAAGGGCAAAGCCAGCGGUUCCUAUUGGGGGUUGUUAUAGGUUGAUUGAUAUCCCAAUGAGCAAUUGCAUUAACAGUGGUAUAAGAAAGAUAUUUAUUUUAACUCAGUUCAACUCCUUUUCCCUCAAUCGUCACCUUGCUCGCACAUACAAUUUUGGAAAUGGUGUGAAUUUUGGAGAUGGAUUUGUUGAGGUUUUAGCUGCUACUCUAACACCAGGAGAAACAGGAAAAACUUGGUUCCAAGGAACAGCAGAUGCUGUGAGGCAAUUCAUAUGGGUCUUUGAGAGUGCAAAGAACAAAAAUGUUGAGCAUGUACUGAUCUUAUCUGGCGAUCAUCUAUAUCGGAUGGACUAUAUGGAAUUUGUGCAGAAACAUAUUGAAACUAAUGCUGACAUUACAGUUUCAUGUGUACCCAUGGAUGACAGCCGUGCAUCAGAUUAUGGACUGGUGAAGAUUGACCAAUCCGGACGAAUAAUCCAAUUUGCUGAGAAACCAAAAGGCAAUGACCUGAAAGCAAUGCAAGUUGACACUACCGUUCUUGGGCUAUCCAGGCAUGAAUCUGCCAAAUUCCCUUAUAUUGCAUCAAUGGGGGUUUAUGUAUUUAGGACUGAGGUUCUGCUAAACCUUUUGAAAUCAAGCUAUCCCACUUGCAAUGACUUUGGGUCUGAAAUUAUUCCAUCCGCCGUGACAGAUCACAAAGUCCAAGCAUAUUUAUUUAAUGAUUAUUGGGAGGAUAUUGGAACAAUAAAGUCCUUUUUUGACUCGAACUUGGCCCUCACUGAACAGCCCCCAAAGUUUGAAUUCUAUGAUCCGAAGACACCUUUCUUCACAUCUCCAAGAUUCUUGCCACCUACCAAAGUUGAUAGAUGCAGGAUUACAGAUGCUAUAAUUUCACAUGGUUGCUUCUUGCGAGAAUGCAGCAUAGAACACACUAUAGUGGGUGUGCGUUCACGUUUGGAGUCUGGAGUGGAGCUUAAGGAUACUAUGAUGAUGGGUGCAGACUACUAUCAAACGGAUUCUGAAAUUGCUUCUCUCCUUGCAGAAGGAAAGGUUCCAAUUGGUGUUGGACAGAAUACCAAAAUCAGGAAUUGCAUUAUCGACAAGAAUGCCAAGAUAGGGAAGGAUGUGGUCAUUGCAAAUGCUGAUGGUGUUGAAGAAGCAGACAGAGCUAGUGACGGAUUUUACAUUAGGUCCGGAAUCACAGUCAUACUGAAGAAUGCAACAAUUCGAGAUGGAAUGAUUAUUUAAACAAAAUCUUUCAGGAACAUGCCCUGAAAAGCUGAUAUUUUUGCUGCCUUUUAACUAGUCUAGUUUGAGCCUGUAGUGAAAACUUAUGUGGUAAUAAGGCUUUAUGUUUGUAUGUAAGUUAUGGUAAUCCAUUAGCUUACCAAAGAAAAGCCAGUUGUAGGUUUUCUUUUUUUUUUUUUUUUUUUUUUUUUUUU